AUGGCCGACUCCGACGCCGUCACGGCCCUCGUGGACGCGUACUUCUCCGCGUGGAACGCUCAGGACGCGGCGAAGCUCCGCGAGUGCUUCGACGAGAACGUCUCGCUCACGGACUGGGACGUCGCCGUGUCCGGGAUCGACGCGGUCGUCGAGGCGAAUCAGGGCAUCUGGAAGGCGGUGCCGGCGAUUCGCAUCGUCGUCAAGAACGUCGUCGCGGGGCGGGACUCGCGGGCGUUCGGCGGGCCGGUGGCGACGUGCGAGAUCUCCGUGGAGUUGAACGACGACGCGAAGACGGUCCUCACGGUCGUGGACGUCAUCGACGUCUCGAACCAAGGCAAGAUCAAGUCGGUCCGGGCGUACAAGCAGUGA